AUGAUGGAAUCAUUGGAUCAGUUAACUAUUAAUAAUUUAGAAGUCAUGGAUGUAGAUAGAGAUUCUAUUAAUAGUAGUGUAAUGAACAUUGACAGGAACAAAAUAGAAGCUAUUCCUAAAACUAAUCAACCUAUAGAAUUGCAAGAUCUAGAGGGUUUAACUGUUUAUGAUGUAAAUCAUUUUGAACAAGAAGUUUUACAACAAGUUACCCAUGAUGUGUUGGAUACUAAAACUGUUUUUAACACUGGUGAGGUUCCUACAAUGACCUUGGGAGCUUUAGGAAUUGAAGAAACUGAAUACGAACGUAAAAUUAGGACAGGAGAAAUGACACCAUUUGGUUCAACAGAUGUUUCACAAAAAAAGUCUAAAAGCUCUGAAGAUAUGUUGGAAAAGUAUUUGGUAUCUCAAUCUAAACUUUCAUCAAUGAUUCAUAAACCUAAAAUUAAAUCAUCCGGUACAAAAAAAGAGUUGAAAAUAAAUACGGAAAGAAAAGAACCAAAAUCAAAUGAAUCGGGGAGUGAAUAUUUUCCAUCAACAGAUUCUGAAAAUGAAUCAUCUACCCCAGUUAAAAUUAAAAGUAAAAAACGAUCAAUUAAUCACAAAAAAAUAUGUAAUCAAUAUUCAGAUGACGAUUAUAAUGAUGGUUCUGAUGAUGAGUAUUUUGAACCUAGACGUUGUUCAAGUCAAUAUAAAUCAUCUGAUGAUGGAAUAGAAGAAAACUAUGAGUAUCGAUUAAGAGAGUAUGAAAAGAAUAAUCCUGAAAUAGCCACUGAUAAUGAAGAUGUAUUUCACGCUAUUGAUGGAGAUUAUUUUAAAGUGCCAAAAGAAAUUUGGGAAAAAUUAUACAAAUACCAAAAAAUUGGCAUAAAAUGGUUAUGGGAAUUACAUCAACAAGGUUCCGGUGGUAUAUUAGGAGAUGAAAUGGGAUUAGGAAAAACCAUACAAAUGAUUGUGUUUUUUGGUGCUCUGUAUUGGAGUCGUUUAAAAGAUAAAAUAACUGGUAUACGUGGCUUAGGCCCUAGUUUAAUUGUUUGUCCCGCAACUUUAAUGCAUCAGUGGGUUGACGAAUUCCAUAAAUGGUGUCCACCUAUACGUGUUGUUGUUUUACAUGAAACUGGAGCUUAUAAAGGCAAACCAGGGGACUUAAUUAAAGAUGUAUGGUCUAGUAAAGGAGUUUUAAUUACCACUUAUAACGGCUUGCUCCAACAUAUCAAUAAUUUGUUAAAAAAUAAUUGGCACUAUGUUAUUUUAGACGAAGGACAUAAAAUUAGAAAUCCUGAUUCUAAAAUAACUGUAGCUGCAAAACAAUUGAAAUCUAGUCAUAGAAUCAUUAUAUCUGGUUCACCCAUUCAAAACCAUUUGAAGGAAUUAUGGUCGCUGUUUGAUUUUAUUUUCCCUAGCAAACUAGGGACUUUACCUGCAUUUAUUAAAAGUUUUGCUGUACCAAUUACUCAUGGAGGGUAUGCAAAUGCUACUGAAUUACAAAUAACUACAGCUUAUAAAUGUGCCACAAUACUUAAAGACACAAUAAGUCCAUAUCUUUUAAGACGUAUGAAAGCUGAUAUUCAAUCACAUAUAUCUCUACCAGACAAAAAUGAGCAAGUACUGUUUUGUCGCUUAACCGAAGAACAAAAAGCAAUGUAUCGAGGAUAUCUUGAAAAUUCGGAUAUAAUAUCUGAAAUAAUGAAUGGAAGUUGUAAAGUCUUUGUUGGCAUAUCUCGAUUAAGGACAAUCUGCAACCAUCCUGAUAUUUUCCAGCCCAAUUUAGAGACUGGUGCUUUUGGUCAUUGGAAAAAAUCUGGUAAAAUGAUCGUAGUUGAAGCUUUAUUAAAAAUGUGGAAAAAACAAGGGCAUAGGGUGCUGCUCUUUACUCAAAGUGUAAAAAUGCUUAACAUUUUUCAAAAAUUUAUUAUUGAACAAAAUUACUCAUAUUUGAAACUAGAAGGAGCAACAUCCAUUGGUUCCCGUCAACCUAUCAUUAACAAAUUCAAUAAAGACCCUUCUAUAUUUGUUAUGAUUUUGACUACAAAAGUUGGUGGAUUAGGCGUUAACCUUAUUGGAGCUGAUCGUGUGAUUAUAUUUGAUCCAGAUUGGAAUCCAGCCACUGAUUUACAAGCUAGAGAAAGAGCUUGGAGAAUUGGACAGACAAAUUCAGUCACUAUUUAUAGAUUACUUACUGCUGGAACAAUAGAAGAAAAGAUGUAUCAUCGUCAGAUCUUCAAACAGUUUUUAAGCAAUAAAGUAUUAGUGGAUCCUAAACAACGGCGUUUUUUCAAGUCAAAUUAUUUAUAUGAACUUUUCACACUUCAAGAUGUGGACGAUAAUGGUGUGGUAGAAACAACAGAUUUAUUUGCUGGAACAGGCUCGGAAAUCAAUUUAAAAAAAAUGAUGACAGCUCGGCGUGAAAGAAAGAAGUCUAAAAAAAAAUUUUCAACCUGUUCAUUUUCUGUCGAUAAAAUCGAAGCUAUGAAACAAAAAGCACGAGAACUUAGUAAAACGAUUGGUCAAAAUUCAAAAACAGUUAUAAAUCAACAAAUAACACCAUCAGAAAUGUGUAUUAAUAGUGAACAUUGUACUGAUGCUGACAUUAUUAACCCAACUCAAAAGGAUACUAAAACAUCUAAAAUUAAUGAUAAACCUUUUACUUUUGUGAAUAAUGAGAGUUUAAAUAUUCCAUCUUGUAGCAAAAGUGCAGUAGAAAAUACAUCACCUGAAAUGAUUCAAGCACCAAACCCUGCCUUAAAAAGAACAAAAAGUAAAUAUUUACAUUCCAAACACAAAAAACCUAAAAUACCAUAUUUAGUGAAAUGUGAUGUUUAUCAAGAAGAACAUUUUGAUGAUCUUACAUCCAAAAAACAAGACGAUUAUGUUCUUGAAAAAUUAUUCAACAAAUCAGGUGUAAAAGCAGCGAUGAGACAUGAUAAAAUUAUGGAAUCUUCAAAAUCUGAUUAUGUUAUAAUUGAAAACGAAGCAAAAAAAUUAGCGAAAAAAGCAAUUGAAGAUCUUGAAGCAUCCCGUGCUCAGUGUUGGGAGUCAGGAUCUGGUAGGUUAAACUGGACUGGCAAUCAAGGAACAGUUAGACCUAAAUUAUUUAACAAUACAGAAACUAAUGAUGAAUCAAGUGGUCCAUCAAUACUUUCUUUAAUGAAAAAGCGUAAUGGCUUCGUGGAGGCCACACAACGUGAAAUGCAGAUGUUAAACAGUAUUAGAGAAUAUUUGUUAGAGAACAAUCAAAGUGUGAACACUGAUCAAAUAGUGAACCAAUUCAGAAAUAAAUACUCAGCCGAAGAUACGCCACUCUUCAAGUCAUUGUUAAGUGAAGUUUGCACAUUCAACAGGUGCCCUGAUAAAACUGGUGUUUGGACAUUGAAAUCAAAAUAUUGUUAA